AUGACGGGCGUCCACAAGAUAGAAGCGGGCGCAAGCUCCUCUGCCCCUCCCCCGCCCUCGCGACAUAGCGAUAUGAACCUCGACGUAACCGACAGCCAGGAAGUCCCCGAUGCCCUCGUCUCUGAUGGCUUCAGUUUGCCCUCCCUGGAGACAGACAACCAAGCUCCUCCCGCUUAUGGCGACCUUCCCAACCAGCUGCAGUUCAGCCAGGCGGGCUUCGAAGCCGGCGCAAAUGUCACUGGGGACGGUCGAGUAAACAUCAACAUCAACCAGAGCGGCAACCGCCUUGCAGAGAUCCUCGCCCCGACGUUACGAAGCCAGCUCCUCGCUGACAAGCGCCCCCAGGGCCCCCUCCCGCCCGCCUACACCCCCCCGAGCCUCGGAGGUCAACCGGGCCAGACCCCCCCGCCGCAACUCAACCUCGUCAUACAAAUCGUUGGCUCCCGCGGCGACGUUCAGCCCUUUGUCGCCCUCGGUAAGGUUCUCAAGGACACGUACGGUCAUCGCGUGCGCAUAGCCACGCAUGCAACGUUCCAAAAGUUUGUCGAGGAGAAUGGUCUCGAAUUCUUCUGCAUCGGCGGCGACCCCGCCGAGCUCAUGGCUUUCAUGGUCAAAAACCCCGGGCUGAUGCCCGGCUUUGACACCCUCAAGAGUGGCGAGGUCAGCAAGCGCCGGAGGGGCAUUCAAGAGAUCCUUCUCGGGUGCUGGCGGUCGUGUAUCGAGGCUGGCGACGGGCUGGGGCCACCGCCCAAGCCUCAUGCCAGGAAUCAGCCUUUGGAUGAGAAUUAUGGGAUACCCGGAGACCCGAACCAUAAGCCGUUCGUGGCGGAUGCGAUUAUUGCGAACCCUCCGAGUUUUGCGCACAUCCACAUUGCCGAGAAGAUGGGCAUUCCGCUGCAUCUGAUGUUUACUAUGCCGUGGACGCCAACCCGGGCUUUCCCACACCCUUUGGCCAACAUCCAGUCGACAAAUACCGAUGCCGUCAUGACCAACUACGUUUCGUACGCGUUGGUCGAGAUGAUGACCUGGCAGGGUCUAGGCGACGUCAUUAAUCGAUUCAGAGAGAAGGCGCUUGACUUGGAGCCCAUGUCGCUGAUAUGGGCUCCUGGUGUGUUGACGAGGCUUCGGAUUCCUUACACGUACUGCUGGUCGCCGGCGCUGAUUCCGAAGCCGAACGACUGGGGCCGUGAGAUUGAUAUCUCCGGGUUCUACUUCCUGAAUUUGGCAUCGGCAUUUACCCCCGAACCUGAACUGGCUGCCUUUCUAGCCGCUGGACCUCCUCCCGUUUACAUUGGUUUCGGCUCCAUUGUGGUUGACGACCCCAAUGCCCUAACCAGAACGAUCUUCGAUGCCGUUCAUCGGACCGGCGUUCGGGCGCUGGUGUCCAAGGGCUGGGGCGGUCUCGGUGCCGAGGAUGUAGGACUUCCUCCAAGCGUCUUCAUGCUGGGUAACGUACCGCACGACUGGCUGUUCAAGCAUGUGUCGGCUGUUUGCCAUCACGGCGGCGCUGGUACAACUGCUGCUGGUAUUCAAGCUGGCAAGCCUACCAUCAUCGUACCGUUUUUUGGUGAUCAGCCGUUCUGGGGAGCCAUGGUUUCGAAGGCCGGCGCUGGGCCGGAUCCGAUUCCUUACAAGGAGCUUAGCGGAGACAAGCUCGCCGAAGCCAUCAACUUCGCGAUCAGGCCCGAGACUCAAGCCAGGGCACAAGAGCUUGGACAGAAGAUCCGCGAGGAGAAGGGAACUGAUUUGGGCGGGAAGAGCUUCCACGACCAUUUGAAUACUGAUGAGCUCAGAUGUUCCAUUGAGCCCAGCCGAGCGGCCGCUUGGCGUGUAAGGCGGACAAAGGUCAAACUGAGUCCCAUGGCUGCUGCCGUUCUUGUCGAUAACGGACUCAUCAAGUACUCUGACCUCAAGCUCUACCGACCCAAGGAGUACAUAACAGAAGGUCAACCGUGGGAUCCUGUGUCCGCGGUGGCAACCUCGCUCGUGGCGGACCUUAGCAACAUCGGCAUGGCUGUUGCCGACUUCCCCCGAGAGUUGUUCAAAGCCAGAAGCAAAGGAGACAAGACCCCGGACCCCCCCACGACCCCGUCUCUUCCGGGGGGCGCACCUGGAAAGAAACCCUUCCAAGGAAGUGAUAGCGGGUCUCUUGCGCCGAGCACGCGCGCUUCAGAAUCGUCUACACAACUAGGCCUUAUAGAAGCGGGCGGCUCUACGCCGACGCUUCCGCUCUCUCCGCAGCCCGAUACAGAGUCCUUGGCACAAUCGUAUAAAACGUCGGCGGCACCGUCUAUGGUGUUUAGCCCAGUAGAGACGGCUUCGAUUGCUCCGAGCGAGACAGCACCGUCGGAAAACCUGUCGACGGCGCAGCCCGGGAGGCCACCCAAUAGCCCCGGAAAGCGGUCUUUCAGUGAGUCCUCGCCCGUGGCUGUUGACGCAGCUGUGGCAGCUGGCACCAGCGUCAGUCGCAUUGUCACCACCGGUGUGAAAACGCCAAUGAAUGUCUGUCUCGGCCUCGCCAGAGGUUUCCGAAACGCCCCCCGCUUGUAUAACGACGACACUGUCCGCCCUCCCGAGAAGGUGACAGACUUUUCUAGCGGCGUCAAGGUUGCGGCAAAGGAAUUCGGCUACGGCAUGUUUGACGGUAUCGGCGGAUUGGUGACGCAGCCCCUGAAGGGCGCCGAGAAGGAAGGUGUUCCUGGCCUUAUCAAAGGCUUCGGCAAGGGUAUUGGCGGCUUGAUCUUCAAGCCCGCCUCUGCUGUAUGGUCGGUUCCGGCAUAUACCAUGCAAGGUGUUCAUGCAACACUUCGCAAUGCAUUCUCCACCAGCGUCCAGAAUUACAUCAUUGCAUCCCGCAUGAAACAGGGGCAGAUGGACAUGGAGGCUGCUGGUAUUGCGGAGCGCGAAGAUGUCAUUGCCCGUUGGAACAGCGUCAAAUUUGACUUGAAGAAUUUCCAAGCCAUGAAGAUCAAGGAACAGCGCGAGAAGCAAAGAACCGACGGAGGCCCCUAUAUACAAAGCCAGCCCGAGAAAAGCCUCACGCCUCCGGUCACAGGCUGGUCGCAUACUCGGAAAUUGACAUUCGAGGAGAGAAAACAGCUGCACGCCCGCAAAGAGGCGUGGAAAAAGGGACAUGUCGAGGCCAUUGUACCUCCAUCAAGAUCUGAUUCCUCGUUCGCCGAGAGCAGCACAGCCAGUGUUGUCGAAGAUGAAGAGUUUGAGCGGGCUAUUCGCGCAUCUGUCGCAGAGACCUCUCGUGGCAACUCGCAAGAAGACGCGGCUGUUGAGCAAGCGAUCAGAGCAAGCAUCAACCACUUCCGCAGCAGCGGCACUGGGAUCCCGGACGUGGUACCCGAGAAGCCCAUGUCGUUCGACAGAGACGCGAAGCACUGGGACCAGGACCCGUUUUCAAGCGCCGAGCUGCAAAUCACGGACGAAGAGUACCAACGACUCGUCGAGCAGGCGAUCCAGCAAAGCAUGUCUUUGCAAGCUGCCGGCGUGCACCCGGAACAAGGCUCGCACGGGGACGACAAAGAGUUCCGACGCGCCCUCGAGCAGUCCAGGAUCGCUCAACAUUCGGGACACGAGGAAGAUGAGGAGCUAAAGCGCAUCCUGGAAGAAUCGAAGCGUCACGAGACCGAGGGAACGGCAGAUGACGAAGAGGAACUGAGAAGGGCGAUCGAGGCCUCCGAAGCCGAGCACCGGGAGCAGCUGAGCAAGGCUGCGGCGGCGAAGUCGGAGGAAGAGGUUGUGAUGGAGUAUGUGAAGAAGCAGAGCCUGGCCGAGGAGGAGUAUCGGAGGAACGCGUUGAAGGGAAAGGCGCGCAAGGUCGCGGACGAUGAAGACGACGACGAAGACCUCAAGAGGGCGAUGGAGGAGAGCCUGAAGCUGAGCGGUAGGUCGGGACAGUCGAGCUCUUUUCAGUGA